AGGCGGACGGUGACGCGAUCGCGCACGCUCGGACGGAGAAUGACGUGUGGGGGGGGGGCGACGGCGCACGCGGUUAGAACUACAACCUGGUGGAGGAAGACAGUGACGCUAUCGCACACGCGGGAGCGGGGGGAAACGGCCAGACAGUGACGCGGCGGCAGCAAAGAAAGGGGGCGACGCCGACGGGACCGCGCACGUCACGGGUCGCGCGGUGGAGGUGGGCGGGGCUGGACGCCACGUUGCCUGGGAACCAGAGGCCACGCCCCUUCCCAGCAACAGCUUCACCCCCCCCACUCCUUGCAAAGGGGCAACAACCUUCCCCACCCCCGCCAAUAUUCCCGUCGUGCGCCGCGGCGUGGAAGGCAUCCCCUCCCCCCUAAGAAACACACAUUUCAUCCCUCCACCUCCUCACCCUCAAGGUACGCGUGCGGCCGAUCCUUUCUGGUGCUUUUGAGGAGGGGUCGGAGGUGCGCGCACGUGUGUGUGUGUGUGUGUGUGUGUGUGUGGCAGGGCUUGCGUUGCUUCCCGGCGGGGCUGGUUCAGGGGAGCUGGGCCUUGCCUACCCGCCUCCGUCUGGUGAGCAGCCACGGGGCGGGACGCGGCCUCGUUUUUUUUGCUGGGAAGAGGUGGAGCCACCGCGCAGGCGCCAACGGCGCAUACACAGAGAAGGAGGAGCCGGGGCCGAAAAUGGACGUCCGUCCUGACCAGGGAAGAAAAUGGGCCAUCCUUACCCGGUCUGGCUCGACAUGUGACUCCAGACCCACAGCAAUGUGGCUUACUUUAACUGUCCAGUGAAAUGACCUCACAGGCCACUGCCUGUGUCGAACUGUUAAAUUGUCUCAAAGCAUUGAAAAGGAGCGGACUGCUUGCCAUUGAUGUAGGCUGCGGAAAUGACAGCAGCUAACUCGUCCUGCCGACUCUGCAAAGUUCUCCUUGUCUAUCCCCUAUCUUGUGGAUAGCGUCCAGAUUGAGAGAGUUGUCCCACGGUCCAAUCAAAUGAAUGUUCUGAAUCAAAAAGGAAAUAAAAUGUCACAGAAAUCACCACAGCUGUCCCUGGGUAUAUCCUGCCCAGCAGUAGGACGGAUGUGGCGGCACAGUUGUAUAUGAUCGAAAAGGAGUUGCCCUGGGAGACCUCAAUACUUACUCUGGAUCCCGUGUGGCUUUAUGGAAUCAGAUCAAACAUGGGCAAGGAACCCUCCUACUGAUUACCACACCGUGCCCUCUGUUGGCUGAUGAAUGAGUGCUUCUCUUUGAACACCACUGGGAGGAAGCAUUGAGAGUGGCAAGGGUGCGGAAUGCACUCUGGGUGGGAGAUUUCAAUGUCCAUCACCAACAGUAGCUCAGCAGCGGUCUGACUGACCAAGCUGGUCGAGUCCUAAAGGACAUAAACUGUUGGACUGGAUCCUUGCAGCUGGUGAGGGAGCCAUAUGUGAAGGGAAAAUCGACCUGUUGCAGUUGCAUGCAUCCAGUAGGAGUUACUCUGGGACAGUCCCAGUGGAGACAAAGUCCCAUUGUUACAUUGAGAAUACCCUCCAUUAUGUCUAAUGGCACCCACCACCGUGCUAAAUGAGACAAACUUUGAACAGACCUAGCAAAUAAAAACAGGGUAUUCCUGAGGUGUCAGCAGCAGCAGAAUUGUAUGCAGCCUUGGUUCAAUCAAGAAUGCGGGAGGGUAUCCCAGAAGCAGCACCAGCAAAGACCAAAAAUAAGAUUUUGAAACAAUAUUUAAACAGUCCAACUAGGGAAGGGACCGUAUUGGACCUGAUGUUGGAGAAUGAGUUCAGCCCAGAUGAUUGAAGUUUCAGUGUCGGUCAUCUCAGGAAGAGUGACCAUCAUUCUGUCUGCCAUCUGAUCUGGCAUCUACCUGGGCACUGGAAAGGACAAAGACACACCACGUCCACUUAUGCUCAAAAGUCCACCUCUCUCUCUUGGAUCAACCUGCGGUAAAAUGAGGACAUCAAAGGCGAGGGCACGCAGAAAGAAAUCUGAAACCAAAUGAUGUAUCAACGUCUGACAGAGCCACUUGCUUCCUUGGCCGCUGAUGUUCAAGUCCCAUCGAACCGAGGAGAAAUGUUUGUUUUUCUCUGCUUGAGAGACUUUGAAUACUGGGGUGAUAGGAAGAACGUUGAGACAUAGACACCCGAGUGAGGCAGAUUCAGUGCACUGACUGUGAAAAGUGGUUUCACCAUUUACUCAUAUUGGUGGGGGGGAGGGGGGGAAACCCCCCCCCUUCGGGGGGGGGGAGAGACUGUGUACCUGUUCUGUUUGUGGAUAUAAUUUCAGCUGGGUCGGCAAACCCAGAGCAACACAAGGAAAACCCCCUGCUCCACUCCACCAUGGAGAAACGGUGGAAAUGUGGGGACUGUGGGAAAGCGUUCCCUUCUCCAUGGGCGCUGGAAACCCACCGACACAUUUACAUGGGGGGAGGCCCUUCACUUGUUCUGUGUGCGGGAAGGGGUUCAACCAGCCCUCCAUCCUGCUGACCCACCAGCGAGUUCACACCGGGGAGAGGCCGUUCACCUGCUCAGUGUGUGGGAAAGGAUUCAUCGAUUCUUCCACCCCGCUGAAACACCAACCAGUUCACACCAGGGAGAGGCCAUUCGCCUGCUCUCAGUGCGGGACGAGCUUCAGUCGGCUGUGCAACCUGCAGACCCACCAGCGGGUCCACACUGGGGAGAGGCCAUUCACCUGCUCCGUGUGCAGGAAGGGCUUCCCUCAGUUAGCUGCUCUGCUGAACCACAAGCGGGUUCACACAGGGGAGAGGCCGUUUACCUGCUCCGCGUGUGGGAAGGCGUUCACUCUGUCAUCCACUCUGCUUUCGCACCAACAUAUCCACACUGGAGAGAGGCCUUUCACCUGCUCCGAAUGUGGCAAGGGAUUCACUCAGUCGACCAGCUUGAUGAAACACCGACGGGUUCACACCGGGGAGAGGCCCUACACCUGCUCUGUGUGCGGGAAGGGGUUCAGAGAUUCAUCCACCCUGCAGAAACACCGGCGACUCCACUCCGGGGAGAGACCGUUCUCCUGCUCUGUCUGCGAAAUUGGAUUCACUCAGACUUCCAACCUACAGAGACACCAACAAGUUCACAUGCAGCCAACAGGGUUUGGACUCUGUUCCCGCUGUUGUGAAUCAUAUCCUGGACUGAACCAUGUUCAUUGUGACCGUGGGUGAAAUGUGAGGGGUGAAGGGUUACUUGCUGCUGGACUGGCCACUCUCACCAACUUUACCUCCGGUGGACUGAUGCCCUUUUGAGCCUGGGACUGCACAUGCAAAUGAUGUGCAACAGCUACUGAAAUGCACUCAUUUUCUCAUUUUCAGUAUCAUCAUGCAGGGGAGGCGAUGGCGUAGCUGUAUUAUCACCAGACUCUUCAUCCAGAGAUCCCCCAGUAAUGUUCUGGCGGACCCAGGUUUGAAUCCCGUCAUGGCAGAUAGUGGGAAUCUGAAUUGAGUAAAUUUCCAGAAUUAAGAUAUGUUGGGUUCUUUCCGAGACCGACGAACAGGAGCGAGACGGAGACCGGUAGAAAUCUUAAAGGUUGUCUUUAUUGAAAGCAUUUCGUAGUACAUCUUUUGAGUUUAAGCUGCUUACGGUGAGUAGACGUGGCUUUUUAUACAGUAUGGCAACAGAUACAACACAUACUUGCAUGCAGAGCUUGUUUGUACAGUAUUCUUCCGGUUAUCUACUAUUCUACUAUGAUAAACGCACAUUUUCUUUACAGAGCA